GGGACCUGUGAUCUUUUGUUGCGGCAGUUUUAUUUCCCCGGCCGUUAUUCGGAGUUAAUCUGGUACGCAUCGAGCAAAACACGAUGCACUCAAGCAAAAACGGAAGCGACAGCACAAGCAGCUCCUCCUCCGCGUCGGCUGACGCCAAAGUGACUUGGCUCUGUGAGAAAACGGCCCACCCGCGCCCCCCCUCGGGGGUGCUCUAUUGUCGUUUUUGCAUUUCCGGCAAAACGUUGCCUUCUGCCGCCUCCUUCGGCCGGCAGGGGGCGCCACGGUGGCAGCGCCGAGAGGAAGCGACGCCCGACAGGUGCGCCUCACACACACAUAAAAAGUGACAAAAGAAAUUGCCGACAAGGGCGGAGGAGGCCGCCGUUGUUGCGCAUCUCUUUGUUUUUCAUCAUUCUGACCCUGUUUUGCGUUGUGCUGUUGUGUUCCGCGGACCCCUCCUGUAGACGCACACGCUCUCUCGGUGGUCGUAGACGUCACGUCGAGACGGGGGACGUUGCCACAGUGGGAUGAUGACGCCCGCCACUCUUACUACUACUUCUUGUAAGCUAAAGGGUUGACUCCCAAGGUAAUAAUUACAUCUUUAAAAUGCCGAUGCCUUCCUUCUCUCUUGCACUCGUUUUCUUUCGUGGGUGGACCGGUUCGGUGGCCCGCGCUUGCUAACUGGCUGUGUGUCUCGUCUCUUUUUCUUCUCCCCCGCUUCUUUCCUCCUCUACCUGUGGCUUCUACGGGUGGAUGGGGUCGUGGCCGUGUAGGUGGCGCCGGCGAUGUCAAAAAGGAAGGUAAGGAGUCGGUGGAACUGGAGAAGUACUGGCAAGUGGUGCGGAGCAACCCGGCGGACUUUACUGGGUGGACCUACCUGCUGCAGUAUGUCGAACAGGAGAACAACCUGGCAGCUGCACGGGAGGCCUUUGACAAGUUCUUCUCCUACUACCCCUACUGCUAUGGCUACUGGAAGAAGUACGCCGACAUGGAGAAAAAGCUGUGUUCCGUCGAGAAAGCCGAGCAGACGUUCGAGCGAGGUGUCGCUGCCAUUCCGCUGAGUGUCGACCUUUGGAUUCACUACAUCAACUUCGUCAAGCUGCACUUCAAGGACGAGGAAGACUACUACACCAAGGUUAAAAACCUGUUCGAGCGUGCCAUCGAGUCGUCGGGCCAGGACUUUCGGUCGGAUCGUCUGUGGGACAUGUUUGUCACGUGGGAGCUGGAGAACAAGAACCUCAAAGAGGUCACCGCCAUCUACGAGCGGGUGCUCCAGGUGCCCACGCAGCUCUAUGGACACCACUUCGAGAAGUUCCAGGAGCACGUGAAGACGCACUUGCCAAAGGACAUCCUGUCCACGGACGAAUUCCUGCAGCUGAGGCAGCAGUACAUGGAGUCCAUGCGCAAAGCCACACCCGUGGGGCCGCCCGGCCAGUCUGGGGACGAGGCGGGCACUGCCCAGAUGGAGAUCGACGAGGACGACGGCGACGCCCCUCCGCCGGGUGUGGACGACGCUCCUCCUCCAGGUGUUGAGGACGCCACCAAGGAGGACACCAAGGCGCUGAAAAAUGACAAUGAGGCCAAGUACAUCCGGGACAAGGUGGUCGAGAAGCGGCGAGAGCUGUUCAAAGCGAACGAGGCCGAAGUUGGCCGGCGGUGGGCCUUCGAAGAAGGGAUCAAGCGGCCCUACUUCCACGUGAAGCCCUUGGAACGACUGCAGCUAAAGAACUGGCGCGAGUACCUCGACUUCGAGACGCAGAACGGCAACCACGCGAGGACUGUGAUCCUCUACGAGCGAUGCCUCAUUGCCUGCGCCCUGUACGAGGACAUGUGGAUGAAGUACAUAAAGUACUUGGACACAGCGGAGCCAGAGAAGGUGAACGACGUCUUCCGGCGGGCAUGCACAACUCACCUGGUCCGCAAGCCGAGCAUCAGCCUUGCCUGGGCUGCCUACGAGGAGAAGCACGGUCAUUUUGAGGAGGCCUCAACCAUCCUGGCCGAGAUGGAGGCGCGCAUACCGGACCUGCUGGAGCCGACGCUGCGACGGAUCAACGUGGAGCGGCGGCGCGGCUGCCCCGAAAAGGUGGAGGAGCUGUACCGGAAGUGCAUCUCGCAGACGGAGAGCACGUCGCUGAAGAGCCACUUCGCCGGCAAGCUGGCCAGGUUCCUCAACAAGGUUCAGAAAAAGCUGGAAGACGCCAAGGAAGUCUUGAAGGAGGCCCUCGACCGGGAGCCGACGAACACGCGGCUCUACAUGCAACUGGCCGACCUCGGAUACGAGCAGUGCCCGCCAGACGAGACCCUGGUGCUGGAGGCCUUUGACCAGGCCAUCGCCUGCACCCAGUUGCCGGCCGCCGACAAGCUCACCUUCCUCCAAAGAAAGCUGGAGUUCCUCGAGGACUUCGGCAGCGAUGUGGCCAAGGUUCAAGAAGCCUUUGACGAGUAUUCCAAGGCAGCCAAGGCGCAAGAGGUGGCGCAGAAGAAGAGGCCAGCGGAAGAGCCGCAGGAGACGCCAGAGAAGAAGCCAAAGACGGCGGAGCUGAACGGAGCCGAUGCAGCGGCCGCAUCUGCAGCACAAGCGAUAGCCGCAGCCACGUCAAGCGCAGCAGCCGAUGCAGCGGCCCAGUACAACUAUGCCCAGCAGUGGGGCAGCUACCCACAGGCCUACAACUACCAGCAAGCGUGGAACGCCUACCCCGCCAGUUCGUACUACCCGACGCAUUGAUCAGCAAGCGCCUGCGCUGCUGCGUAGCAAGAGAGACUGCCAUUACUUGUACAUAAGAUCCCGCACGCAUUUAGCCACCACUCCCCCCUAGUUGUCUUCGCAAAGUCAACGCCCCCAUCAGGCCCCACCCCACGCGACUUGUUCUUGCCUCGACCUUCGUUGGCAGGCACGUCCGAACAGCGAAGACCUAGCCGCUGGACAUGGCUUGCGUCGAGGCUGCGGGAAAGUAGCUGGGACGGUUACGUGUUUAUAUUUUGCGUUUCACUCGAGCACCUCCACUAUGUUCACCCCCUCCAUUCCCCUCUCAUUUCUUUGGUGUCUCGGUAUUUCCAGUGUUGUCGCGAGCUGUACACUUUCAAAGGAACACAAGGAAGGAAACUGUCGCAUCUUACAAUAAAGUGUUCUAUCUUGUGUAA